UACUUUUGAAAUCUGCUCCCUCUCUAUCCAACUUUACUCUCUUUGUGACCAAACUAUUUUCCUUGGUUUCAAAGUCUUCCUUUCUUCAAUCAAUCAGUGUUGUUUUUAUCUUCUGUUUUUUCCCCAUUCUUCACUCCCCAAAAAGAAGAAAAAAACCCAACAAACGGUACAUUACAUUUGUCCCUCAUCAAUGGCAGAUUCAUAUCCUCCCUUUACAGCCAGACCCUUCACGAGGGUUAAUGGCAUACACAGAAACAACAAUAGUAAUAACUACACGCGCUUUGUUGGUAAGUUGUUGUUUUUUACUUUCUUUCUUAUUGCCAUCCCGUUGUUUCCUUCCCAAGCUCCAGAUUUCAUCAACCAAACAAUACUCAACAAGUUUUGGGAACUCCUUCAUCUUUUGUUCAUUGGCAUUGCUGUUUCUUAUGGCUUGUUUGGUCGUAGAAAUGUUGAUAAUGGUAACCUUGAUGAUUCUCAGUCACAUGUUUCUGGAAUGUUCCAUGUUUCGUCCUUUUUUGAAGAUGGUUUUGAUCAUUCAAUGUACUAUAGUGGACAGGGUAAAGCUGAAUCUUUUAAUGUUAAAAGUGGUAGCUUUGAAAACUCUUAUGAGGAAAAUGUUGUUCAAGCUUGGAGUUCUAAGCAUUUUCAAGGGGAACCCAUGGUUGUGUUGGCUCAACCAAAUAGUGGUCUUGAAAAGUAUGGUGAAUCGGGUUCGUUUAUAGAUUAUAAGCCUCUGGGGUUGCCUGUUAGGAGUUUAAAAUCCAGGGUUGGAAGUCGGGGUAGUCCGGAAUUUGGCAACGGAUCAAAUGAGUCUUCUGGUUCAAGUGAUAGCUCUGAUAAGAGUAGAAGUGGGAGGUUUGGUGAUUUAGGUUCUGAAAAUUUGGAGGGGAAGUUUAAUCAGAGUGAUGUUUUAGGUUCCCCGAUUCCUUGGCGUUCGAGAUCUAGAAAGAUGAGUGAGAGAGUUCAUGGUAGUCCCACUCGCCCUUCUCAUUUUAGGCCUCUCUCAGUUGAUGAAACUCAAUUUGAAUCAAUCAAAUCUCGCUCUUUAAGAUCCACGGUUUCAUUCUCUUCCCAAGUUAGUUCACAGUCACAUUCACCGAGUAGCCUGUCUCCUUCACAUUCCAAUUCUUCAGAAUCACCAAAGUCCAAAGUGAGUGGAUUGGUGAAGGAAAGGAGUCCCCGCCAGUCUUUUCCUCCUAUUUCACCGUCGAUACCAAAUCCAAUGAACAGUAAAGCUACAGUGAAUGCAUCACAUUCUCGGCAGUAUAGUGAUGGCUCCAUGUUGGGGACCUAUUCAAGGAAAUGCUUUGAGGAUGAAUUGAAGGAAUUCUGUGACAGCCAAAAGGAUGAUUCGUCAAGUAGUACAGAGUGGAUAUCAGGUUCCUUGAAAUUUGAUGCAAAACCUAUGGCUCCCUCUAAGGCUUCCUCAAGAGGAAAGUCUGUUCGGACGUUUAGGACUAUUAGAGCUAGUGGCAAUACCGUAGGGGCAAGUGAUGCUGGAGAGAGGCAGGAAAUUCAUACAAAGGGAAAGUUGCCAAUGCGAUCUGAUGAAAUUGAAGAGGCUUAUGCGGGUGAAAGUGAACCAAAAAUUGAAGGACACAAUAAUCUCUCAGUUGGGUUCAAUGGGCAGAAUCUUGGAAGUGACUCUUAUAUGCCAAAGCCAACAUCCCCUAAAAACCAGAACAGAGAAAAACAAGAGUGUUUGGAGAAUUCCGCUGAAGAGUCUGGAGAAGACUCGGAGAGAGAGAAUGGGGAUUUUCAUGUAAGUUCAGAUGAAGAAACCGUGGCUGGAACUUUCAGUGUAGCAGGAAGUGAUACUUAUGAGGUUGAUAGAAAGGCAGGUGAGUUCAUAGCCAAGUUCAGAGAGCAGAUUAGGCUUCAGAGAACAACAUCAAUUGAUACACCAAGAGGGAUCAACAUCGCUAGUAACUUUUUCAGGUGAAAGUAGCUGGAGUGUCUAACAAAAGGGUAAUCACUAAUGGAGGAUUCUUCAUCCUCAUAGUCCUGGUGUGUGACCUCCCUAUUUAUUUGUCAUUCUAUCAUGUCUACAUUACAUAUAUAGUUGAAAAUAGGACUUUUUUUAUUUUUAUUACUACUAGAAUCAAGUUACUGCAGAACCAUAUUCAAUAUUGACUAUGUUUUGGAUAAUUCAUUCGAAAGCUGGAUCAUUCAUUGACUUUUACUUCAUCAGCCUUUUGAUGUUUCCUUUGAUAUAUGGAAUGGUGUGAGAUUGAUGAUACAGCCAUACACAUGUCUCAAUCAAUAUGCCUGAGAAGUGAGAUCUGUGAUUUUGUGGUUAAGAAAUAAGAAUUAUGGGGUUAGCUUUUGAGAUAUGUCUUUCACUUAGAAUUCGCUUGUUAACUUUUCAAACGGAGUU